UAAAAUAACAUAAAACAUCAUGGGUCUCGAUAUUAUUGGAUUUGCUUAUGCUGCUACAGUAGCUGCAGGGGGCAUAAUGGGUUAUGCUAAAGCAGGAUCCAUCCCUUCACUUGGAGCAGGCCUCAUAUUUGGCUCAAUUCUAGGUGUUGGUGCAUAUCAAAUUAGCCAGGACCCGUCCAACUACACCCUUACACUUGGAACCACUACCACUCUGGGUGGGCUUAUGGGAUACAGAUACUACAAUAGCAGAAAGUUUAUGCCCGCUGGUCUAAUGUUUGUGAUGUCUGUUGGAAUGCUUGUCAAACUGUUAGCUAAGAACGUAGCAGCAUCACCAGUUCCAGUAAAAUCCAAUUAGAUUUUAUAAAAGGUAAAUUCUGUCUUUUUGAGAGGACUAUAUGUACAUUAAGUAGCAUUUCUAUAAACUCCUUGAUAAGGAAUUACGUUUACGAUGUAUAUUUUUUGUGAAUGGUUUAAUUGUUCAUUAUUUUAUUGAAUGAAUUGGGUUCGGUGUAUAUUUUAUAUGGAAAAGUGGGUAGUUAAUAAAACAUCACAAACAUA